AUGUCGGACGUAUUUUUGAACUUCAUCGCCGGCGGCGUUGGCGGAUCCUGUACCGUCAUCGUUGGACAUCCGUUCGACACAGUCAAGGUAUGAUUUUUGAACGAAAAACGACUGUAUUCUUUGGAAUUGAAGAUUGAAACUGUAAACCGUCCAGAAAAGGAAAAUUUUGAUUUUAUUUUUUGACUAGUAGGAAUAAUUUAAAAAUCUCUCUCAACUUGACAAGGUUAUUGAAAUUCUCAAUGAAAAUGGAAAAUAUUACAAUAAGGAUUAGAUUUUUUUUUCUCAGGAAAAAGGAAAGAGACAAGAACUACAUAUCACUCUCUUGAAUUUGAACUGAAAAUCUAUGAAAUAAAGAAAAAAAAGCGAAAAAUUCUCAGGUGCGGCUUCAAACGAUGCCUGUCCCGAAACCUGGGGAGAAACCGUUGUUCACGGGUGCGCUGGACUGCGUCAAGCAGACAGUCGCGAAGGAAGGCUUUUUCGCCCUUUAUAAGGUAAUUUAUUCAAAUAAUCAUAUUUUUUUGUAAUCGACUAGGAAGUGAAAAAGAUCUUUUAAAGCUAUAACGAACAACCGCCUUUGGGGAACUCGAAGUCCAAACGUGUAGUUGAUCAAGUAGAAAGCAUGGUCUUACGGACCUUCGCCUCGUUCUUCUGCGCGUAGUCCAUCCAGUUGCGCCUUGACCAGCUCAGAAUGUAGCUGAUGUUGUAGCUGGAGCUUUGAGGCCGUCCUCUAGGUGGAAGCUUCGGAAUGAGAGCGGCCAAGAAGAGGGAAAACUACACGAAAUUAUCAAAGAAAUCCGAUUCCAUGCUAAAUGUUCCAGGGAAUGGCGGCUCCGUUGGUCGGAGUUUCCCCUCUUUUCGCCGUUUUCUUCGGAGGAUGCGCUGUUGGAAAGUACUUACAGCAGACGGAUCCUAGUUAGUUUUCUUUUUUUAUCGGAAAAAAUGGAUUCCUUGAAUUUAUUUCAAAAUAUAUAACCUCAAUUCAAAUAAGAGAGCUUCUGUAUUCUUGUAAUCGAAAAUUGGUCUUAGAAAUUUUUCAAAAGCGUAUUUCGUUUCAAAAAGUUAACAGAGAGUGGGACUCAUUUAGAAUUUUUAACAUUUUUGAAUAUUUCAACGAUAUUUUUGAGUUCAAUGGUGUUUUUGGUUAGAUGAAUACACAGUACUGGCCAUAAAUGUAUUUCAAAGUGGUUAUUCGAGCAUAACUUCUCUGAAGUUUCUGAUUCAAAAUCGUAGUUUCUUCGAAAAUAUGAUUUUUCGAACCUCAAGAGAAAAAUCUUCAUUUUCACGAUUUUUGGUUUUUGCUCUCAAAUCCGGUCUGACUUGAGCAAAUGAGUUUUUCUUUCGGGAAAAAGUAACUGCCUAGCAAUUUAAAAUCUGUGCGAAGUUUCAAGUCAUUUGAGCCACUUUCAGAAAAGUUAUGCUCGACUAACCUCUUUGCCUUUAUGGCCAGUACUGUAAGAGACAGGGAAAGAUAUAAGUUUGAAGAGUACAUUUUUUUUUUUUUUGAAUUAGGAAUUUCCCUAAAGUUCCAAAAAAAAAAUGUCUCAAGCUCUUUUAAUGAUUAACAUCGAAAGCUUUUUUAAAGUUAUUUCAUGCCGUGGAAGUUCUUCUUUUUUUUUGGCAUCUAUGUGAACACUCAAAAGCUUUUUUGAAUAAAUUAUAUCGAGCUCGAAGUUUCCAAAAAAGGAAGGAGCUUCUUUGAGACACAACUAGGCUGUAAGGUUAAUUGUUUGUUGUUGAAAUAUGAGAAAGAGCCGUCAAUUUCAUGCUUCCAGACCAAGAGAUGACAUUCGUGCAGAAUGCCAUCAGCGGAGGUCUUGCUGGCGUUUUCACGACCGCCGUCAUGGUUCCCGGGGAGCGCGUCAAAUGUCUUUUGCAGGUUUUUUUUUGAAAGUAAUAACAGUUGCGGGCAAAGUACAAGCGACCUUUUGAAAACCUGUAAAUAACAGUGCUUUUAGAGAUCGAUUUAUGAGUAGAACACUUCUGUGUACCGCCAGAAAAGAUACAAGGGAUUCUUGGUCACAACUUCUUUGUAGGGAGCUUAACUUUUCUGAAACUCUCGGAAGCUGAGUUUUUUUUUCUACUAAUUUUAUCUAAGGGUUACGAAUAACAGUUAUCACAACUCUAGGAAGUGUCAGAAAGAUUGAGCUCCAUACAACAAAGUUUUUAUUGAAAAAGAAGCGUUUUUUUUUCGUUUUUUUUUCUGACGGAACUUUCUGCUUUUAAAAUUUGACCGUUCCACUCGGAACAAACUAUAAAAAGAAAUUAUAUUUUUAAGACCUUUAAAACUAAAAAACAACCUAUUAAACAAAUCACGAGUUUUCAGGUGCAACAAGCGGGUAAUGCUUCAACUGGAGUCCAAUACAACGGCCCAGUUGACGUCAUCAAGAAGCUCUACAAACAGGGCGGUAUCGCCUCGAUUUACAGAGGAACUGCCGCGACUUUGCUCAGAGGUAUCCAUCGUAAAAGUAGGAAAGAUGGAAUUAAUGGAUUGUUCAGACAUUCCGGCCAGUGCCGCCUACUUAUCGGUGUACGAGUACCUGAAGAAAAAGUUCUCCGGGGAAGGAGCGCAGAGAACUCUGUCGCCUGGAGCGACGUUGAUGGCUGGAGGAUUGGCCGGAAUCGCCAAUUGGUCAGAUUUUUGGCUUCUUCUUUAGAUAAGAAAGUUUAACCUGAAUGCGAAGUUACUCAAAAAGAAGAAUGUAAUGGAAACUAAAUGAGUGUUUUUACUGAAAAUUUUGAAGAUCUAGCUUCUUUUUUCGCGUUUUUUGAAGGCCGAUGCUUACAUUUUUUGUGUUUUUCUUUCGAGGCCAAAAAAGAUUAUUUUUAAAGGUUUUAUAGCACUGAAAGGGUUUUUUGGAACUCUCCCUUAAGAAAUAAGGCGUUUUUCUCAUUUUGGGAGUUCAGGUCAGUUUGCAUACCUGCCGACGUGCUCAAAUCGCGGUUACAAACGGCUCCAGAAGGCAAAUACCCAGAUGGAAUCCGCGGCGUUUUCAGAGAGAUCAUCCGAGAAGAAGGACCCAAGGCGCUUUUCAAGGUAAUUUUUGUGUCUCUCAGUUUUUUUUUAUGGAGAUGCAAGAAGUUAUAAUUUUAUUCCACUGUUUCAUUUUUUUCUCUUUUUUUAUAAUUCUGACUUCAAAUUCCGUCAAUUUUUUUACAUCAGCAACGAUCUAGAAAAAAACGCCGACAUAUUUUUUUUUUCGCUAUAGAAAAACUUGUAAAAAAAUUUGAAUCUUAACGUACUAAAGAAAAAAAUGGUUGAUUUACGUGGAAAUUUUCACUGACUUGAUGAGGAUCCUGUUUUUGGAAAACUCUAUGUACAUCAAGUUCUUCUUUAUAGGCUGAAACGGAAUUUAUGUGAUUUUCAAAGAUCCAUUUCCUGAACUUAACUAUUCAUAGCACUUAUUGACUAAAAAUUUGUGAAUUUCCAGGGAUUCACGCCCGUGAUGUUGCGAGCCUUCCCGGCCAACGCGGCCUGUUUCUUCGGACUUGAACUGACUUUGGCCGCCUUCCGAUUCAUCGGCGUCGGAGGACAGCCUCCGAAAGUCGAAGACGUCGCCCUCGCCAACGCCGAAUAA